AUGAAGACCGUCUUCACCAAUGGCCUCAUCGUCCGAGGCAACGGGAGCUCGCAAUCCGAACCCGUCCUGGGUUGCAUGGUCAUUGAGAACGACAAGAUAGCAUACAUAGGCGAUGAGACCGACGAGCCCGUCGCACAAGCCAAACAAGCAUCAAGUGUCGAGAUCGUAGACCUGCAAAGGCGAACCGUCAUCCCGGGGUUCAUCGACGGACACAUGCACCUCCUGCUCUUCGGCGCCGGCCUCUCCAAAAUCGACCUCGGCCACUGCAAAACGCUCGCCGACAUCCGCGCGACCAUCAGAGCAGCCGCAGCGCAGCGCCCGCACGCCCGCCGCCUCUUCUGCCGCGGGUGGAUGCACGCCAUGACAGACGGGCAGGCGCUGGCCAGCAUGCUCGACGACCUCGACCCGCGGCCCAUCUUCAUCGACUCCAAGGAUCUGCACUCGGCGUGGUGCAACACCGCCGCGCUGGCCGAGCUAGGCGUGGCGGCCAUGCCCGAUCCCGCGGGCGGGACGAUCCACCGCGACGCGCAGGGCAAGCCCAGCGGGUUACUCGCCGAAGCGGCGGCGGUGAACAUCGUCUGGCCGCAUGUGGCGCGGGUUGCGUCGCGCGAGGAGAAGAUGGGGUUUGUGCGGGCCGCGGUGCGGGCGUACAACGCGGCGGGGUACACGGGGGUGGUGGAGAUGGCGACGGACGAGAACGUGUGGGGGACGAUGCUGGCGCUGCGGGAGACGGAGACGGAGCCGGUGUCGCUGCGGGUGGCGGCGCAUUGGAUCAUCACGCCGGCGGCGACGGUCGACGAGUGUCUGGCGCAGGUGGACCGCGCGAUCGCGCUGCACGCGGUGUACAAUGCGCGCUCGUCGCCGGAUUUCCGCAUCGCGGGAAUCAAGGUGAUCUGCGACGGGGUGGUGGAUGCGUGCACGGCGGCGCUGCUGCGGCCGUACGCGGCUCAUGCGGCGGGCCCCGCGGACGGAGCCGUCAACUGCGAGCCGCUGUGGCCGGCCGACAUGCUGCGGGCCGUGGUGGCCAAGGCGGACGCGGCGGGCCUGCAAUGCGCGCUGCAUGCGAUCGGCGAUGCGACGGUGCGGCUGGCGAUCGACACGCUCGCCGCGGUCGGGACGCCCGGCCGGCGCCAUCGCAUCGAGCAUCUGGAGCUGACGGCGCCCGAGGACGCGGCGCGGCUCGGGGCGCUGGGCAUCACGGCCUCGGUGCAGCCGGUGCAUGCGGACCCGGCGAUCCUGCGCGCGUGGCCGCGGCUGCUGGGCGAGGAGCGGUGCGCGCGCGCGUUUGCGUAUGCGGAUUUCGCGGCCCACCGGGCGCCGCUGGCGAUUGGGACGGACUCGCCGACGGCGCCGCAUCUGCCGCUGAGGAAUCUGUACACGGCGACGACGAGACGCUCGGCGCGGGAGCCCGAGUCGGCAGCGACGGUGAACCCGCAGUUCAAGCUGUCGCUGCUGCAGGCGGUUUCGGCGGCGACGGCCGGGUCGGCGUACUCGUGCUUUGCGGAUGGGUUCACGGGGAGUCUGGAGGUCGGGAAGAAGGCGGAUUUUGCGGUCGUGGAUAUGGAGUGGGAGGCCGAGAAGCUGCUCGAGGCCUCGGUGUACGAGACAUACUUUGAGGGACGGAGGGUGUUCAGUCGUUCCUGA